AUGGAAGGGGUAGCGCUUAUCUACAAUGAUGGUGAAAACGAGGGCCCUCCCUCCUUCUUGCCUCCUCCUGUUGCCUCCUCCUGUUGUUAUCUUCCUACCCUCCCUAACUUGUGUGUUUACCUGGCACGCUGCGACUUGCAGGAGGGUGAGGAGGAUGAAGGGGGAAGAGGCAGCGGCGGCCGAGGGAGUGGCGGCAGCUGGGAGGGUGAAGAGGAGGAGGAGCAGGAGGAGGAAAAGGAGGAUGAGGAUUGGGAGGAUAGCGAGGAGACAAGGGAUGGAGGAAGGAGGAGAGGGGGGAGAGGAGGAGGCAGAGGCCAGGGAGUGGAGGGGAGAGGUAUACGGGGAACCAGAGGGGGGGGAGGGGGAAGAGGGGGGAGAGGGGGGGGCAGGGGGAGAGGGCGAGGCGGAGGGAGGGGAGGGGCGAAGCGGCCGUUAGAGGCUCUUGCACGCGCCAACCUUCCCAAUCUCAUCUUUGCCAAGAUACCGGGCGCCUUUGCCUUCACUCCGGGGCCUUCCAGAGCGCUGCAGGCACAGCAGGAGGUGGUGCUGCGAGUGGAGGUUCUUCAGCAGGAGAAGCGGCAGCUUAAAGGACAGGAGUUUCUGGUGCUGGGCAGCCAGCCGCUCACGGCCCUAAGGGACCGCAUCUACUGCCUGCAUGACAGAAUCGCAAGGGAGCACGGCAAGUCAGUGCCGUCUGGGUGCUUCUGUAUUGAGGACGUUUUCUAUGAUGACAUGCGGCAGUCCGGUGCAGUGCGGUACAGCGCGGUGAUCCUCAAGUGGAACAGGGAGAAGCGGGCGGCAUGGUCGAUGCUGGAUGAGAGGGAGCGCCGCCGCAACACCCCCCUCGCCCGCCUGCCCCUGCCCGCCCCCGUGCGCGGCCUGGCACUGGGUGGCUUAGGAACAACUGGGUCAAUGGGAACUGAUUACACGUUUCAAGAAGAUGGGAAAGGUUUUGGUCAGCAACAGCAGCACGAGCAGCCCCAUCAGCAUCAUUAUCAGCAGCAGAGGGUGCGGCUGAGUCUAGGGGACGCCCCUCCCCCGGAGUACUCAGCUGCAAGAAUGGAGACGACCCGGUUCAGAGACCUGACUGUGCGACCAGGGGCGCUCUAUGUGUACAUGCACCAGGGUGCAUGCAAGCAUGCCUUCCGCAUCGCCGACAUUCGCCUGCUACACCCUCUCGAUCCUCUCAACGCCGCCGAAUACCCCCUUCUCUCCCAUGAGCCACGCUGCUACCUGCGCCGCUGCAGCGUGUGCGAUGUGAAUCCAAGCACACGAGUGUCCCUAGUUUCUGGCGACAUUGCAGCAUGCGAAUCGCCCAGCAAGCAGGGAACGCGACCAGCCAGGUUCAUUGUACCCGUUCAGGCCUCCCACUCGCCCCUCGCCGGGAGCAGUAACGACAGAAUCCGAGAAUCCCACGCUGCGACUCAGUCCACGUCAGCAAGGCAAACGUCUAUAAUCGCCACGCCGGAAUGGCAGCCCAUGAUUUCCACAGAAGUAGACCAGCCGCUUCAGUCGUCUGCACUGCGACCUGUUUCUCGACCUCCAUCACGUGGGAGCGCCUUAGAGCGACCACCAUCACGCGGGAACGCCUCAGAGAGACCUGCAUCGCAUGGGAAUGUGUCAGAGCGGAAGGUCGUCGCGAAAGACCCGCUGCUGCUGCGAGUGGCUCGAGGCGAAGAAGCGGAGCGUACGCCAGUGUGGUUGUUACGUCAGUCAGGACGUUACUUGGAAGACUUUCGAAGGCUCUCCGAAGGCUAUUCAUUCAGGGACCGUCUCGAUAACCCAGAGUUGGUAACCGAGCUGUCGCUGCUGCCGUGGCGAAAGUUCGCGACGGACGCAGUGGUGCUGUUUUCGGACGUGCUGGCCGUGCUGCCGGGUGUAGGGCUCGAGUUCGACAUGGUGCGGGGACGAGGCGCUGUUGUCGCGACGCCCGUUCGAUCGCGAGAAGACCUCAUGAGAUUAAGGCCUUUGGACGACCCUGACACGCAGCUGCCUUACCUCCGUCCCGUUCUCAACGCUCUCCGGCGUGAAACAGCCGCCGCCGCCGCCGCCGCCGCCAGCAGCAUCAGCAGCAGCAGGGACAGUAGCGGGUGCGACAGUAGCGCGGAUAGGGACGGCGGGGCAGCGGUGAUGGGGUUCGUGGGGGCGCCGUGGAGCGUGGUGGCGCACGCAGUGGAGGGGCAGGCGGACCAGAACCUGUUCCUCACGAAGCUGAUGAUGAUGCAUGACCCCGAGCUGCUGCACGACAUUCUCGCCUUCUUCGAGGAUGCCCUUUUCGCCCUCGCCGUCCACCAGAUCGACUGUGGCGCGCAGAUCAUCCAGGUGUUUGACUCGUGGGCGCACCACCUCUCCCCGCCGCAGUUCGCCGCCUUCUCCCUGCCCUACACCAACCGCCUCAUCUCGCGCAUCCACGCCGCGCGCCCCCACGCGCCCGUGCUCCUGCAAACCAUCGGCAGCACCGGCAAACUCCACCUCAUAGCUGAGAACUGCCCCGCUAACAUUGUCGGGCUGGACUGGGGGUGCGAUAUGAGUGAGGCGCGGAGACUGUUCGGAGAAGAGGUGAUCUUGCAGGGAAAUGUGGAUCCCAUGGCCUUGCUGGGGCCGAGGGAGUAUCUGAGGGAGGCUGUAGCGGAGUGUAUUAAGCAGGGGGGAGGUUCGCGCCAUGUGCUGAAUAUCGGGCAUGGGGUUGUGCAGGAUACUCCCGAGGAAGCAGUGGCUCUGUUUUGUCAGCUGGCAAGAGAAGAGAGCGCAAGGUUCCGGGCUGGGAGUGCAGCUGCCGAGCCUACCAGCCGCGCCCAACCCAGUGAAGCGCAUGUUCAGAGCGUAGGGAAAGACACGGACAGCACGGGUCGUGGCAAUGCGAGUCAGGCUGCUUCAAAUGACGCCAUUGCUGCUAUUCAUGCCACAUGGGGUGUGGGAGACACAGCGCCUAAGGGUGUGGCUGCUGCUGCAGCCUUCCCGUCGCUCUCAUCAGCACUGCUUGCUUCAGCCCGCCACUCACUAUCGUCGCUGUCAAGUCCGUCUAGGAGACGCCGCUAUACGAGUGGCUGUUGA